CUAGAACGAAUAAUCUCUCCUCGCAGCAGUCCCCAGAUUAGAAAACUUUCACGACGACGAGAAAAGUGGAACAAUAGCUGGUUAACAAACCCUAGAGGGAAAGCAAUAUUUCUAUCAACUGCAUACAUUUAAAUUCGAUCAGAAUUUGCUGCAAAUAGAAAUUUGGAACACUGCCAAUCAUGUCCCAGGUUGAUGCUGCCAAAGUUGUGGCAACAUGUCGUGAAUCAUUUCUUAAAGGUAAUGUCAAAACAUACGAUCAACGUAAACAUCAUCUGGAAUGCUUAUUAAAUUUCAUCAAAGACCACGAAAAAGACAUGGUCGAUGCUUUAAAGCAAGAUAUUAGAAAGCCCUCAACUGAGUCAAUUGGAUUUGAAAUCGCCUUUGCUCGUAAUGAAACAAUAAACGCUUUGAAUAAUUUACAUGAAUGGAUGCAGAAAGAAAAGGUUGAAAAACCAUUUCUUAUGGUAGGUAAGGAUGUGCACAUACAAUCUGAACCGUUAGGGGUUGUGCUCAUAAUUUCAGCUUGGAAUUAUCCAGUGCAGCUCAUUCUACACCCAUUGAUCGGUGCUAUUGCUGCAGGUAAUACUGUUGUUAUGAAGCCCUCUGAACUAUCCCCAGCAACUGCUAAUGUAUUUGAAAAGUAUCUUCACAAUUAUUUAGAUAAAGACUGUUUUACUGUAGUAAAAGGGGGUGUCCCAGAAACAACUGCCCUGUUGGCUCAACGCUUUGACCACAUCAUGUACACUGGUGGAUCAAAUGUUGCCAAGAUUGUUAUGAAGGCUGCUGCCGAGCAUUUGACACCAGUCACCUUAGAACUAGGAGGCAAGAGCCCUGUGUAUGUCGAUAAGGACUGUGAUUUCUAUACUGUCGGUAGAAGGAUAACCUGGGGGCGCUAUGUAAAUACUGGACAAACAUGCAUUGCACCUGAUUACAUUUUAGUGCACAGGGAUGUUCAGGAUAAACUUGUGUCGGCCAUUAAGGAUGCUGUGAAAGAAUUUUACGGCGAGAAUCCAAAAGAAUCUAAAGACUAUGGAAGAAUUGUGAAUGAUCGGCAUUUCAAGAGAUUAGUAAAGCUUCUUGAGAGCGGGACGGUUGAAAUGGGAGGUGAAACAGAUGAGACAGAGAAGUACAUUGCUCCUACUAUGCUUGUUGAUGUUAAACCCGAUGAUCCUGUCAUGCAGGAAGAGGUAUUCGGCCCAAUUCUUCCAAUAAUGAAAGUUGGUGACGUUGAUGAAGCGGUAAACUUUAUCAAUAGUCGUGAAAAACCAUUAUCGAUGUAUGCAUUCUCAAAUAACAAGAAGGUUGUUGAGAGUGUGCUUCAUCGGACAACGAGUGGUGGCUUCACGGGCAAUGACGUUCUUAUGCAUGCUGCUGUUGACUCUCUUCCAUUUGGCGGUAUUGGUAACAGUGGCAUGGGUGCGUAUCAUGGAAAACAUUCUUUUGAUGCAUUUUCACAUAAGCGGGCAGUUGUCAUCGGUGACCAAAAGUUGGAAUCAUUGAAUGCAAUCCGUUAUCCGCCAUAUAGUGAGAAGAAAGACAGCUGGUUAUUUUGGUUACUGUCAAAAUCCCGAAAAAGUGGGAAGGCCUCGGUGAUCAUAUAUGGAGCCCUCUUAUGUGCCAUUGUUGGGUUUAUGUUAAAGUUCUAUAAUGUAGUGAAGAUUUGAGAGGCAGACAGCUGUAGCACCUCCAUGACAGAUCAACUCUUUGAAUUAUACCUUUUAUUCAUACAAAAAUACUUUUAAAAUAUAAGAAAAUUCAAAAAAUAUAUACCCAUAUGCAGCUCAUUGUAACAAUGAACACUAAUAACAAUGAUAGGGUAAAGGCAACAACUGUUAAUACUUCUGUUAUUAAGGCGAGUGUCAUACCAUACCACAGAAACCAAUACCGUAUAGCUGCUGAUCUAACUCCCAGGUACCGUCACACAACUGACAUUUAUGUUCGUACACAACUGGAGCUAUAUGUAAGUUAUAAACUAACUUGAACUUCGAAGCUGAGAAAUCGUAUUAAAUGAUUAAGUACACAAACGUUUUGUGGGAUCACACUUAGCAGAUAUGUGUACAGGUGCAAGUUAACAUGAUUAUACUGUAUGUAAGUAGUAAUCUAAAAUAUGUCUCUGGACAAGUGAGUUAUCAAAAAAAAUUAUAUAUCAUUAUACAUAUAUAUAUAUAUAUAAAAUCAAAUUACUGAUUAGCACUGGCAACACAAAUAAUGUAUAAAUCAAAUAAGAUAAUAGUACAGUGCUCAAAUAUAUAGUUGCAUGAUGUUGUAGAUAGUAUCAAACGUUCAUCAACGAAAGUUCUUAAUUAUAUUUGUAUGAAAAAAAGAGGUCUCUGGUGGGAAUCAAACCCGCAAUCUCUCGCUAUCUCGGCGACCUUCAUCUUGUUAUAGACCACAGCUGAAAAUAUAGAAUGACAUAUAAAAUUGGGAUGAUGUAAUUAGGUUCUGCUGUAAGAAGAAUGAACCAUUGAGACAGUAGAACUGUUCUAUUUUUUCUAUGAAUAAAUUAACAUUCUAAAUAAAAAAUUGAAUUGGUUGGUUGGAAGUUCCAUGAAAUUAUCAACGUUCACUUGACAUUGAUUUUUAAGAAAUCCAUGUAUACCCUUUUACAGAAUAUUAACAGGAAGUUUUGUGUACACUGAAGGUACUAACUAUGUAUGUAAUUUCUGUAAAAAGAAACAAUACAUGUUACAGACCCUGGUACAUUUAUUUCCAAGAAUUAAUUCGAACUUUCAUGUAAUAAUCACAAUCUUGUGUAUAGAAUACGACUGUACUACUUGCUUAAUAUACCUGUGUGUUAUUGCAUGUGAUUCUGGGUCUGAGAUUUACUGUGGAUACAAUAUUUGAAAUUUUGUUGUGCUUAUAUUCGAAAUGUGUUCUCUGUAUCACUGUGGAUGAAAGAUAAUCGUUAGUACAAAGACAAAGAUUAUUAUCAUGGUCUUUGUCGUCCUUAUCUGUGAGAAGGGAUAAACUUCUUUUUAUUUUUUUGUUUUAAAGUGUUGGUAGGCAUCUUAGACUACAGCAUAGUUUCUAAAUUGUAUUAACAUCAAUCCCCUAGACACACAGAUCGCCUGUGCUUUUUAUACAUCAGAAAUCCAGGACUCAAGCUUUCUUCCACUUGGCUCCCAUUAGGCUGCCGUGAGUGUGGGAAUAGCUUCCUAGAACUUCAGUCGAUGCUGCAGUCCUGGAGAGCCCAUCUUUCUUUCUUCAAAAGGUUCAUUUUCAUUUUGAUUCUUUGCUUUUGUGAUUUUUAUUUUAAAUACUGUAAUUUCUUUUUCUUGUAUUGUGAUUGGGGUUGGGCCAAAAAGCAGUGCUACAGUGAUUCAGUUCAAUUUGGUUGGCUCCCCAUUUAUUUUUGUAUUGUUGACCAAAUAAAUAAUGAAAUGAUGAAAUUUAUUCAUAUUAUGUAUCAUUGAUUGGUUUGUAACAAUAAAGAUCUUUUUUCGCAGUAUGAAUAAAA